AUGUUCUUGAAGCAUUCCUGCCCCGCCCGCGUCGCGCAGCCGUGGCCUGUGCAGCAUCAUGACGACGACGCACGCCGGCGUGUAACGCUCCUGCCAUUGCACCGCAGCAGCAUGUCGCUCGUCUCAGACGCCAUCUGGGCUGCGUCUCCGACCACCACCCGUGGGCAGCCGACUCCCCUCUCGUCGGACCCCAAGGGCGAGCGAAUCGCAUACGCGUCGGGGAAAUCCAUCUUCCUGCGCUCCAUCGACGACCCCGCCGUCAGUAAACAGUACACCCAGCACACCGCCCAGACCACCGUUGCCCGCUUCUCGCCCUCUGGCUUCUAUGUCGCCAGUGGUGAUGCCGCCGGCACUGUCAAGGUGUGGGACUGCGUGGGCGAGGGCGCGACCAAGGGUGUCUGGGGGAAAGUGAAGCUGACGGCCAUCGCAGGCGACUACCACAUCAUUGCGGGACGCAUCAAUGACAUCGCCUGGGACGGCGACUCGCAGCGCAUCAUCGCCGUGGGCGACGGCAAGGAGCGAUUCGGCCACUGCAUCACCGCCGACAGCGGCAACAGCGUCGGUGAGAUCUCGGGGCACUCGUCGCAGGUCAACAGCGUCUCCAUCCGCCAGCAGCGACCUCUGCGCGCCGCCACGGGCUCCGACGACACCAGCAUCGUCUUCUACCACGGCGCCCCCUUCAAGUUCAACACCAGCUUGAGGGGCCAGCACAACCGCUUCGUGUACGGCACUGCUUUCUCUCCAGACGGCUCCGUCUUCGCCAGUGUGGGUGCCGACAAGCGCAUCUGGCUGUACGAUGGAAAGACGGGCGAGGCCAAAGGACAGAUUGGGGACGGCGUGCACACCGGCAGCAUCUUCGGCAUCUCAUGGGCGAAAGACUCGAAGAAGUUUGUGACCGCGAGCGCUGACCAGACGGUCCGCAUCUGGGACCCAGAAGCAGGCAAGGCGGUACAAUCUUGGCGCAUGGGCGAAGAGGGUGUUGCCAGCAUCCCUGAUCAGCAAGUCGGCGUUGUGUGGCCCGCGGGCCGUGGUGACGGGCUGGUAGUCAGUGUAGACCUCGAGGGCAAUCUGAACUACCUUGUCGAGGGCAGCGAGCGGCCAACACGUGUAGUGCGCGGCCACCAGAAGAACAUCACCGCUGCCGCCAUCUCCGGCUCGACCUUCGCUACGGGGAGCUACGAAGGUCGCGUCCUCGCGUGGGAUCUGUCCACAGGCCUCGCGGACAAGGUCGAAGGCGCAGCUCACUCCAAUUACGUUGCUGGAAUAGCGACCGCCGAGCCUACGGCCGAGGCUGAACUACACAGCGUGGGCUGGGACGACACUUUGCGCUCAAUCUCAGUGCCAAACAAAAUCUUCACCGGACAAGCCAGCGAACUCGGCUCUCAGCCUAAGGGUGUUGCCGCAGCGUCAGGCGUCGUACUAGUCCUGUCUUCCGACUCGAUCAACGUAUACAAGAACGGCUCGAAAGAGAGCUCACUUCUCGUCAAGUAUGCGCCAACCGCUAUCGCAGCGCACGGUUCGACUGUCGCUGUUGGUGGAGACGACAAACUAGUGCACAUCUACAUCCUGUCGGGAACAGCACUCGAGGAAACCGAGACUGUUUUACGCCGUGCAACUUCUGCCAUCUCUGCACUGGCCUUCUCCGCGUCUGGACAGAAGCUUGCAGUCGGUGCCGGCAACGGCAAAGUAUAUGCCUUUGAAGCGUCCGGAGACUUCAAGAUCAUCACGGACCGGUGGAGUGCGCAUACGGCACGCAUUACUUGCCUGGCAUGGGACGAGAGCGAGCAGUAUGCGGCCAGUGGUAGUUUGGACACCAAUGUCAUGGUGUGGAGCAUCGACGACCCCGGCAAGCGGAUCAAGGCUCUAAACGCCCACAAAGAUGGAGUUACCGGUGUCGCUUGGCAAAAGGCUGCAAAAGUCAUCAGUGCGGGAGGCGAUGCGAGCAUCAAGGUAUGGAGUGUGAAGCCAUGAUUGCUUGCACCCCAGCAAGCGUCAUGAGCACAUGCACAGAGGUGCCAAACUAGAAAGGGCCGCAGCCUCGACGAAGAAAGGUCGUAAGAAAGACGACGGAUUCUGGCGUCGAGUGCGGCUCUACAAAAGUGUGAGGCGGACAAGGCAAUCGGCAUUGAUAGGUUGUGGACCCUGGCGAGUCGCAUGCACCUGCCAUGGCUUGCUGACAAGUGAAGGCGCAGGAGUCGCAACACUCAUAGUAGACCAAUACCACACUUGCUU